AUGAACCAGUACAUUCCAGACUAUCAGCUUCUUCUCGCCCUGGCGCACAUAAGAAAUCAGCAGAUCGUGCAGACCUCUCUACUCAAUCAGGCGAUUUAUCAGAAUCAGCCACCUGCUGCGCCUCAUGCGAUCAUGCCUGCUCUUGCUGCAAUUCCAUCAGGAGUAACAACCGUCCUACCUCAGCCACUCCCUGUUUCUUUCCCAGUCACACCAACAAAAGCAGCUCAAAAGUCGAGAAAACAGUCGUACCGGAUCGAUGAUCUUCUCGAAUCCAGCCCCAAAAGAAUCAAACUCGAUCCACUCGCAACAUCAACACCGAUCAAGCGCUCUCCAUCUCCUUCUACCGAAACUCGUGGACCUUCUAUCGACAAUUUGAAGACCGAAAUUCAAUCAAAUGAUUCCGGCUUUGGCUCACCAUCGGAAAACACGCCUGAAGCACCGAAAGUUCGCCGAAGGAGCCAUAUUUGCGAUCAUCCAAACUGUGGAAAAGCGUACACGAAAAGUUCCCACCUGAAAGCCCACCGGAGAACUCAUACAGGAGAGAAGCCGUAUUCGUGCACUUGGCCCGAUUGCGAGUGGAAAUUCGCAAGAUCUGACGAGCUCACGAGACAUUAUCGAAAGCAUACAGGCUACAAGCCGUUUGUCUGCAAUGUCUGUCAAAGAGCCUUUAGUCGUUCAGAUCACCUUUCUCUUCACGUGAAACGUCACCGAUCCUGA